AGAAUAUUACACAUCCGCCUCCUGGUAUUCUCACUCGUGCUCUCGGGUCUUCUUGCUUAUCCUUUACACCCUUGCACCUCCCCAAACGACAUCAAGAUGGUUCUUGGCCCACCUCUCAAUUUCCCUAAAUGGCUUUCCGAGAAUUCCCAUCUCUUGUCACCUCCUGUGAAUAAUUUCUGCUUGUACACUGGGAAGGAUUAUAUUGUUAUGGUCGUUGGAGGACCUAACGAGAGGAAUGACUAUCAUCUUAACGAGACUGAGGAAUGGUUCUACCAGCACAAGGGGGGAAUGUUGCUUCGCGUAGUUGACGGGGACCAGUUCAGAGAUAUCAGAAUUGAAGAGGGGGAGAUGUUUCUGCUUCCCGCUAAUACCCCUCAUAACCCUGUACGGUUCGCCAACACCGUCGGACUCGUAGUUGAACGUGUGCGCCCAGACGACGCUACUGAUCAUCUACGCUGGUACUGCAAGUCCGGCAAGCACGAGAAACCAACGAUUAUCCACGAAGAUACUUUCCAUGUUACAAAUCUCGGAACCCAACUGAAACCUCUUAUCCAACGAUGGAUGGCUGACCCGGAACUAAGAACAUGCAAGGAAUGUGGUACGACCGCCGAAGCCAAGUAAUGAUAUCGGGGUCCUUGGAUUGAACAGGGCUUGAAGACAAAUUAACAAUGUGUACAUGUAUCUAUUUUUCAUCUAUUGGCUGUCUGUGUCCAUCGAUAAGCUUGUAUAAAUGCGACAUCUAGAUCAUUCCCAGCCUAAUCGAGCCUUAACCGGAGUUGAGUGAUAGGCCAUGAAUCGUGAUAGUCUCGACCUAGAAGGCGUUGCCUUAUUUGGAUGAUCUUGUCCAAAUACGUCCGUGCAGUCAUCAGCGGAGUUCACUCGUAGGUUACGAUGACGCAAGGACACCUAUGAUCAAAGCCAUCUGAAUAUUCCGUUGUACCUAUCAGACUUUCGAAGAGCAAAUAUAUUUUCAUCGUG